UUGUGUGGAGCUGCCCAGUAGGAUGGGAAAAGCACUCCUCCUCCUGUUACCAUUUCAGCCGUGAACAAAUAUCGUGGUUUGAUGCCAUGAAAAUGUGCCAGAUGCACGGGGGGCAUCUUGUACACGUUGAAAAUGACAUAGAGGACAGAUUUAUUGUUAAUCUCAUGCAUAAAAAUAAUUGUAAUAAUGUGUGGCUGGGUGCGUCCGAUUGGAACAUUGAAGGUGUAUGGGUUUGGGAGCCGAAUGGCGACAAACUAAAUUAUACCCAUUUUGACGUAGGCAGGCCUAAUAAUUUAGGCACAGAGAACUGUCUGAUGAUAGAUGGCUCUUCUUAUACUCAUCACAGCUAUAAAUGGGACGACAGGAGUUGCGAGAAACUGCAUUGUUAUAUUUGCGAAAUGAUGGAUACAGACAUUGGAUCACUCAUUGGUUGAUGGAAUUUGAAAAAAGAAAAUGUUGAUUGUCACUUUCUGUAAAAAAUAAACACUGUCAUUGAUA